UUUCCGCGCCCCCUCAUGGGGCCCCACGCCCGCAAGCACGGAGGGCUCGUCAUACACGUCAUCGUAGCUAUUUUCACUUUCCUUGGGCUGGCGAUCGUGUGCGACGACUACUUCGUCUCAUCGUUGGAUCGUAUUUGCGAAGAAUUAAAACUAUCUCCGGACGUCGCAGGUGCAACUUUCAUGGCAGCGGGAUCGUCUGCGCCUGAGUUAGCAACUGUGGUCAUCGGAGUUUUCUUUGCAAAAGAUGAUAUAGGAGUGAGCGGAGUGAUAGGGAGUGCCGUAUUCAACAUCAUGUUCGUGAUAUCAGUGUGCGCCUUAUGUUCGGGAACUGUCAGUCAAUUAAAUUGGUGGCCUCUGGUCCGCGACUGUUUCUUCUACUUAAUAUCGAUACUUGUUAUGCUCUUCACCAUCUUCAAUGAUGUCAUCAGUUGGUUCGAGUCGCUUAUAAUGCUGCUGAUGUAUGUCGUAUACUGCGUGGCGUUGCAUUUCAAUUCAGCUCUGGAAAAUUGGGCUCACAACUUAAAGUUACCCAUAAAACUUCCAACCAGGGAAGAACAAUCCGCCCUAGUAACGUAUAAAAAUCUUCCUGAAGAACAACAGAAAACGAGUUACACUUCACCCGAUGGAAAACAAGUAAACCAGAUUUCAGAAGUAGAACAAGGUACCAAUAUCACUGCCACUGGCGGCAACGUGAAUCAAGGCUGGGACCCCAACAUGGAUUGGGACCCCAAUCGCGCCUGGGGAGAUACGACUGCUCCAUCCAACCCCAGUUACAAUACGAGUGCCAACAACUAUCAACAACCGGCCACGAACCAAACGUGGGACCCCAAUCAAUCAUGGGGUGAACAACCUUCAGCAGCAGAUCCCGCCAACGCUCAAAAACAGAUCGAAGUCAAUCAGGCAGGAGUUAAUAAAACGGUUGCAACACCCACCUCGCAAGCUGUAAUCGACAACCCUGGAUACUACAGACCAAAAGAACCAAGACCUCAAGAACAAAGUGAUCCACUUGUCAAACCAACAGAAGGAGGUCUGCCAGCGCAAAUAUCUUGGGCAAUUGUUUAUCCAAUACAUUACAUGUGCCGCCUAACGAUGCCGGACUGUAAAACAGAAAAAUACCGCAAUUGGUAUCCCUUCACGUUUUUGAUGUCGAUGAUUUGGAUUUCCUUCUAUUCCUACUUUAUGGUGUGGAUGAUCACCAUUAUUGGAAGCACCUUGGGUAUUCCAGAUACAGUAAUGGGUCUAACUUUUGUUGCUGCUGGCGUUUCGGUACCAGAUGCUUUAUCAAGUAUUGCCGUUAUCAGAGAAGGGUAUGGUGAUAUGGCUGUGUCCAACGCAGUCGGAUCUAAUGUGUUUGACAUUCUAAUAUGUCUAGGCUUGCCUUGGUUUAUUCAAACGGCAAUCAUAAAACCGGGAUCUCAUGUUAACGUUAUCAGUAAAGGUCUGACAUAUUCAACGUUGUCCCUUCUGUCCACCGUGCUCUUUCUCCUAUUUGCAACCCACAUGAACGGCUGGAAACUUGAUAGAAGACUUGGAAUUCAAUUGAUGAUUUGGUAUUUGGUGUUCAUUACGGUCGCCUCACUUUACGAAUUAAACGUUUUUGGACCACUAAACCCUCCAGAAUGUCCUAGUUUAUUCUAA